AUGGAAUUAGAAAUAAAAUAUAUAUGUUUACAAGAAGAAUUCUUAUCAAUUGCUCAAUAUUAUAUUAAUAAAAAUAUAUUAAAUAUACUUAAAAAAUAUUAUGCAAAAUAUAUAAAUUCAAAUCGUAAAUUAAGUAAAAUAAAUGAUUUAAAAACAUUAUUGAAAGUAUUAGAAAAGCGUGAUUGUCUUAAUUGUUAUAAUAUAGAACCACUUAUAUAUAUUUCAAAUAACUUUUUAAAUGAUUUUCAAAUACAAUGUAAAGUGAGAGAUUAUAAAAUUUAUGUUCAAAGCGUACAGUAUUGUUUAUCCUUUAAUAUGUAUCAAGAAUCAAAAGGAAAUAAACAUGACAAUAAAUUCAAAUUAUCAAAUAUAAGUAAAAAUAAUACAUCAGAAAUAAAAGUUUCUAGUGAAUUUGAAAAUCAAUCAACAUUAGAAUACAAAAAUGUCAAAAGCAAUCUUUUCACACAAGAAAUGGAAUUACAACAAAUAUUAUUAUCACAUUUAAGUAAAAGAAUUGGUCGUUCUUGGAGAGAUACUGUGAGAUAUUUAAAUAUACCUGAAUAUCAAAUUGAUGCAAUUCAGAAUAAACAUCCUUUUGAUUUGAAAGAACAAAGUUAUGAAGCUUUGAAAUUAUACAUAACCCAAUAUAGUGACAAUAAUUGGAAAAUAAAUUUAAUACAUGCUUUAGAAAAAGCAAGACGCAAAGAUCUUAAGGAACUUUCUGAGAAAUUAAUAUUAGAAUCAAAUAGUUAAUAAUUUAAAGGAAAUUAAAAAUAAAAAAUAAUAAAAAAUAAAUAUUAAUUUUUUCAAUAUAUUUGUAAGAAAAACUUAAAUAUAAUCAUUUUCCAAAUAAUUAUGAAAACAUUAAAUAUUAUUAUGCUAUCUUAAAGUGAAAUAGAUUGCUGUAUUUUGUUAUUGAUUGAAAUGAUUUAAAACUGGUAAACCUAAUUUAUAGGUUUCUUAAAAAAAACAUUAUUUAGCAGUCUUUGUGACUUAUAAGGAAUGAAAACAAUAUAUAUAAAAAAAUUGUUUGAAUAAAUAUCAUAAUAGAAAUUGCAAUUGAUAUUUUAGCUAUAUUUUAAAUACAGCAGCCUAAUGUGUAUACUUUAUAAUCUAUUUUUAAAUUAUGUAUGAUAUUGAUAUGAAUUUUUAUAUCUAUUGUAUACAUUUGUACUUGUAUACACUUAUUAUUUAUUGUUGAAUAAUUUUUAUUAAGAAAAUAUUUAAUUUUAAUAAAAAUAUGUAGGUUUUAAUCAUUUGUUAUUAAAUUUUUGUCUCAUUUAUUUUGUUUAGUAAUCUAAAUUUUGUGUAAUAUCCACAUUAAUAAUGUAUGCAUAAUGUUAUUUGAAAAAUUUUUAAUGAAUAGUGAUAAUAACAUUAAUAAGAUUUAAACAACAUAAGCAUUCUUUGUUUGACUUCCUACUUUGACCAUAACAUCUUUAUGUAUUUGAUAGCCUAUAGUAACUUUGGAUGCAAUUUUUAAUCUUUCUCUUAAUUUACGUCUGUAAAAAAAAAUGAUGAAGUAAUUAAAUUUUUCAUCAAUCACUUGUAUUA